GCGCGAUUCCGCAGCCAUCAUCAACAAUACACUCCAACGUGUGUGUACGUCGCCGACCAACCUUCUCAUCCCGGUGGAUUGUGAUCGCGGCCGGUGCACCUCGCUGGCAAGGCUGUCACUAUGGUGUUCACCGACAGCGAGGAAGAUGAUCUGGAUCAGCCGCGGAUCAAACUGGAAAGCCACAAUCCAUCGAAGAUCGUAUCGAGUCCGACAGAUAGAAGAACGGCAGACAAGACUGAGAUAAUCUCUGCGACCGCAACUGAGGCAGAAGAUACGGAUGCGUCGAUCACAGUGCUAAGUACCGCCUCAAACUCGAAGAAGCGGCGCAGCCCUCCCGCGACCGCCUCCCAUCGCGUAGAGUUGGAUACCGACGACGAACUGAACUAUGCAUGGGAGGAAGAUCAAAAAGCCAAGCAGAAGGCAGCGGAGGCGAAAAAGCGUGCUAUGAAAUCUGCCCGCAAGAUCAGGGCCAUUGCGAGGGAACAUGAUGCUCCGUCCAAGGCGCGGACAGGCGGUACCAGCACCGGCGUUGGACGACAGGCACCGAGAAAGCGGAGGAAGGUCAGAGAGUACGGCGAAUCGGAUCCGGACGAGGACCUCAUGGAGUGGACGACCCCAGACUAUGUUCAGGCUCGAAGGAAACGGUUCGAUGAGCGUGCCCAAAAGUUGAAGGCUGGUGGUUUACAAUUGCCGCCUAAUUAUGAUGAGGUCUUCUUCUCGGACGACGAACACCUGCAAGAUUUGGAAGAACGCCCGAAUUUCUCAGACGAAAGCGCAGUUAGGGAGAAGAAGGACAUCGAGUUGCCAUAUUCGCUCGGCUUGAUCCCUGCUUCCAUUGCGCGGUUUCUCCGAGAUUACCAGGUUAAGGGCGUGGCCUUCCUACACGAACUGUUCGUGUAUCAGAAAGGAGGCAUCCUCGGAGACGACAUGGGCUUGGGCAAGACUGUUCAGGUGGUGGCAUUCCUCACGGCGGCAUACGGCAAGACCGGCGACGAGCGCGACAGCAAGAGAAUGAGGAAAAUGCGACGUGCAAACCGGGAAUACCCACGCACUCUGAUCAUUUGCCCCGGAACUUUGAUGAAUAACUGGAGGGAUGAACUUGAGCGUUGGGGCUGGUGGCAGGUGGACAUCUAUCAUGGAAAUGCAUCCAGUCGACAUGAGGUCUUUCUCACAGCUCAGGCAGGGAUGCUAGAAGUCAUGAUUACAACAUACCAUACUUACCGAGCCAACCGCAGUGAGAUCAACAUGGUCAAAUGGGAUUGUGUGGUUGCGGACGAAUGCCACCAAAUCAAAGAUCGCAACUCUGGCAUCACAAAAGCCAUGAAUGAAGUCAAUGCUCUCUGUCGCAUAGGGCUGACGGGGACGGCCAUCCAGAACAAGUAUGAAGAGCUGUGGACGCUCCUCAACUGGACCAAUCCCGGCCGGUUUGGUCCCGUGUCGACCUGGAAAACCACGAUAUGUGAGCCACUCAAGCUCGGCCAGAGCCAUGACGCAUCGAACUAUCAACUCGCGAGAGCCCGGAAAACGGCAAAGAUGCUGGUCAACAACCUUUUGCCCCAGUUCUUUCUGCGGCGCACGAAGGCCCUGAUCAAGGAUCAGCUGCCGAAAAAGACGGACCGUGUGGUCUUUUGUCCACUGACGCCCACUCAGGCCGAAGCCUACCAGAAUUUCCUGGAGAGUGAUGUCGUGCAGUAUAUCAAGACUAGCAGCCAGUUAUGUGAGUGUGGGAGCGGGAAGAAAGCAGGCUGGUGCUGUCGCAUGGAGCUGCCUGACGGAACCAGAUGGCAGAACUGGGUGUUGCCUGCAAUGCACGUACUCCGGCACAUAUCGAACCACUUGGCCGUGCUGAUUCCACAAGGAGCCGACCCGUCAGAUAAGCAGGCGAAGGAUCUGGAACUGCUUCAGAUCGCUCUACCCGACCAAUGGCAAACCAUCUAUAGAACCAGAGACAGCAUCUUGCACACGGGCAAUCCCGAAUUCUGUGGCAAGUGGCGUGUGUUACAGAGACUACUGAGUUUUUGGCACGAUCAAGGUGACAACAAGGUCCUCAUAUUCUCCCACAGUGUCCGACUACUCAAGAUGCUUCGCGAUUUGUUCAUCAGUACAAAGUUCAACGUGAAUUACUUGGACGGGAGCAUGCAUUACGAAGACCGGUAUGCGGCUGUGCGGGAUUUCAAUACCGACCCUACGCAGUUUGUGUUUCUCAUCAGCACUCGAGCCGGUGGAGUUGGUCUCAAUAUCACGUCAGCCAACAAGGUGGUGGUGGUCGAUCCGCACUGGAACCCGGCGUACGAUCUACAAGCACAAGAUCGAGCUUACCGAAUCGGCCAGACCCGAGACGUGGAAGUGUUUCGACUGAUCAGUCAGGGCACUCUGGAAGAGAUUGUCUACGCUCGGCAAAUCUAUAAACAGCAACAAGCCAACAUUGGAUACACUGCCACAUCGGAACGGCGGUAUUUCCAGGGCGUCCAAGACCGUAAAGACCAAAAGGGCGAAAUCUUUGGGAUUCAGAAUCUCUUCGCUUUUCAAGGCGAGAACCAGGUGCUGCGCGACAUUGUAAACAAGACCAACAUAGCCGAAUCGAAGGCCGGCGUCAGGGUUGCAGAUCUAAAUUUGGGCGAGCACGACUUUGAUCCCGAGGACACCACAGGUGCAGGGGCAGCAGCAGCAACAGUCAAGGCAGAAGACACCGCUGCCACCACACGCAGCCUUAUCAAGACCGAAGACGACGAGGCCAUGUCGCAGCUCGCAGCAGAGAUUAUAGGAGAAGCUCCUCGACCACGACCAUCAAAGACAACACCAUUUGCUCCCCCUGGAAAACCUCAAGUUGUGAGGAAAUCCGAUCCGAUUCAAGCCAUUUUGUCCUCUGUCGGGGUUUCAUAUACCCACGAAAACAGCGAGGUCAUCGGCUCAUCCAAGGUCGAAGCAUUACUUUCCAAACGAGCCGAAGAGGCCGCCAGCACAAAGGCACACUGGGGUACGCAGGAACAACAGUCCAAGGUCUUUGAGGACGAAUCACAGCUUGUGGAGGGCGGCUACGUAUAUGGCCAUGGCGGGCGAGAGGGAGUCAGUGCGGGUGACAGCAGCAGCUUUGGAAGUGGAAAGGGCAUCACGACUCCCAAUGGUGGUAGUGUGAUACGCUACAAGUAUCGCCCGCCGCAGGAUGUCAUGAAACGCCAGCUCUGCAGCAUGGCUCGGUGGGCCGGCUAUAGUGACGAUGUGGUGUCGUUUGCCCUGGUUGUGGAAAAUUGGACCCAAGCCGAGCGGAGAGAGUGUUUGGAUCGGUUUUAUCAUUAUCGACGGGAUGUUCUGGAUGGACUGGUCGAGAAUGAGGAUGUGAAAACGGAAGCGAAAGUGAAGGCGGAAAUAAAGUCUGAAGAACGUGAACGCGAACACGAGAAACGAGAGACAAAAGUGGAGGGAGAGGUUUCGUCAAUCCAUGGGGUCAAACUCGAGCCGAAAUACUCCAACCUGAAUGAACAUGUUCCUCCGGUGAACAAGUUUGCUUCAGCACAAGCACUGGCACCCGUGGAUCCAGUGAAGAAGGAAGAGGCUGACACUAACAACCUUUUCGCAAAGCCUGCUCCUGAUGCUCCUGCACCUUUGGCCACUCCUGUUGUCAAGACCGAGCCGUCAACCGGGGGUAUCGUCGAUCUUGACGACGUCGACGUCGUGACGGCCUCGGAGGAUGAAGACGACGAACUCUGAGAGCGCUCUCUGUCUGGGUCUAUCUAUGCUUUGGUUGUGGCCCGGCGCGUCUGCGUGUCGGGUCACUCUGGUUGGUGUUCCUGCGUUCUGUUUCCUCUGGUGGUUACCGGAGCAGCCUGGUUUGGCUUCCAUCAGAAUGGGGUUAUGGGACGGCAUGGGCGGCGAAAUGAUUUAUUACUGAUGAGGUUACGAAGUUUAUGAUUCUGCCGGUGCGACGACUGGUCCGUGAUACCCCUUGUUAUUAAAUAGCUAGGUACCUACCUACAUAUGAUGUUUAGGUAUUGGUUUUCCUGUCCUUGGAUUUGCAGGUAUAAGGUAGGUACAUAAAGAGUUUCCAAGAUACUGUAGAAUACCUGGUUCCUCGUUUAUUAUUGGGGUAUACCUUAUACGAUAGGGAUACACGAGAAGCUAUGCUUUUACUUUGUGUUUCCAAGUUUCCCAA